AGAGUCGGAGCACUUAGAAAGCUUUUGGCUUCUCUUCUGGCUUGAGAACAAAGAAAACCCCAUUCUCCGAUCCUGCUUAAAACGCUGCUCUAGGACGAAGAAAGAGGAGGAAGAAGAAGUAAGAGUCAACAAAAAUGAGUAGCAUUGGAACUGGAUACGAUCUCUCUGUCACGACCUUCUCUCCCGAUGGCCGUGUUUUCCAGAUCGAGUACGCCGCAAAAGCUGUCGACAACAGUGGAACUGUUGUUGGAAUCAAGUGCAAGGACGGGAUUGUAAUGGGUGUGGAGAAACUUAUUGCGUCGAAGAUGAUGCUACCUGGAUCCAACCGUAGAAUCCAUUCUGUUCAUCGUCACGCUGGCAUGGCUGUUGCUGGGCUUGCAGCUGAUGGGAGGCAAAUUGUUGCACGUGCUAAAUCUGAAGCGAGAAGUUAUGAGAGUGUAUAUGGUGAUGCUGUACCUGUGAAGGAGCUUUCAGAACGUGUUGCAAGUUACGUACAUCUAUGUACCCUGUAUUGGUGGCUCAGGCCUUUUGGCUGUGGGGUCAUUCUUGGAGGUUAUGAUAAAGAUGGACCCCAGUUGUACAUGAUUGAACCAUCAGGCAUAUCAUACAGAUACUUCGGUGCGGCCAUUGGCAAAGGAAAACAAGCUGCUAAAACGGAAAUUGAGAAGUUGAAAUUAUCUGAGAUGACAUGCAAAGAAGGUGUUAUUGAAGUGGCGAAAAUCAUUUACAAGCUACACGAUGAAGCCAAAGACAAGGCCUUUGAAUUGGAAAUGAGCUGGAUAUGUGAGGAGUCAAAACGAGAGCAUCAGAAGGUCCCUGAUGAUCUUCUGGAAGAAGCUAAGACUGCUGCGAAAACUGCGCUCGAGGAGAUGGAUGCUGACUAAAACUGAGAGGAAGUGUGUUAAAUUAGAUCUGUCUAAGGCAUCGUUUGGUGUUUCUUUUGUAAACUUUGAAUGUUUCUUUAUGAUUUUUGUCUCGAGGGACAGUUGUUGCAGUAUCUCAUGAACCUUUUGGGCUCUUUUUUAUCUUAUUGCUAUCAACA